AUGAGAUCAUGUCGUACUUACGUCGUUCAGCAGUGUCGUAAAUUCCAGGCCUGUGGACAGCUGUGGCGACUGUGUUUCGGGUUUCCUUUUGGAUUAUAUCUAUCUAUCUAUCUAUCUAUCUAUCUAUCUAUCUAUCUAUCUAUCUGUCUGUCUGUCUAUCUGUCUCAUCCUAUCUAUCUAUCUAUCUAUCUAUCUAUCUAUCUAUGUAUUUAUGCAUCUCAGUCCUAUCUAUCUAUCUAUCUGUCUGUCUGUCUAUCGGUCUAUCUAUCUGUCUCAUUCUAUCUAUCUAUCUCAGUCCUAUUAAUCUAUCUAUAUAUUUAUGUAUCUCAGUCCUAUCUAUCUAUCUAUCUAUCUAUCUAUCUAUCUAUCUAUCUAUCUAUCUAUCUAUCUAUCUCAUCCUAUCUAUCUAUCUAUCUAUCUAUCUAUCUAUCUAUCUAUCUAUCUAUCUAUCUAUUUCAGUCCUAUCUAUCUAUCUAUCUAUCUAUCUAUCUAUCUAUCUAUCUAUCUAUCUAUCUCAGUCCAGUUAAUCUAUCUAUCUCAUUUUAUUUAUCUAUCUAUCUAUCUAUAUCUAUCUCAGUCGUUUUCAUGACUAUCUAUCUAUCUAUUUAUCUAUCUCAUCUUAUCUAUGUUAUGUACGUAUAUCUAUCUAUCUACCUAUCUAUCUAUCGAUCUAUCUCACUAGCUCUGUCUGUUCUUAUCUAUCUAUCUAUCUAUCUAUCUAUCUAUCUAUCUAUCUAUCUAUCUAUCUAUCUCAGUCUGUCCAUAUCUAUUUCAUUCUGUUCUUGGUUCAUAAGUAUCUAUCUAUCUAUCUAUCUAUCUAUCUAUAACAGACAUUCAUUUGUCUCUCUCCCUCUCUCUCUCUGCCUAGUGAACGUAAUGUAUCCUCAGUCAGUACAUGUUUAUCUAUCUAUCUAUCUAUCUAUCUAUCUAUCUAUAACAGACAUUCAUUUUCCAUGUUUAUCUAUCUAUCUAUCUAUCUAUCUAUCUAUCUAUCUAUCUAUCUAUAACAGACAUUCAUUUGUCUCUCUCCCUCUCUCUCUCUCUCUGCCGAGUGAACGUAAUGUAUCCUCAGUCAGUACAUGUUUAUCUAUCUAUCUAUCUAUCUAUCUAUCUAUCUAUCUAUCUAUCUAUCUAUCUAUAACAGACAUUCAUUUGUCUCUCUCCCUCUCCCUCUCUCGUCCUCCUGACCGUAGAUAUUUCUCAGUCUGUUCAUGUUUAUCUAUCUUUCUAUCUAUCUAUCUAUCUAUCUAUCUAUCUAUCUAUCUAUCUAUAACAGACAUUCAUUUGUCUCUCUCCCUCUCCCUCUCUCGUCCUCCUGACCGUGAUAUAUCUCAGUCUGUACAUGUUUAUCUAUCUAUCUAUCUAUCUAUCUAUCUAUCUAUCUAUCUAUAA